CGCCCGCGGCCACCGCGUCAGGUGACAGCCCGGAAGCCGGGGGACGCGGCGCAGAGCGGGGCGGCCGCGGGGGGCGGCAAGGAGCGGUGGGUGCGCGGCCCUAGUGCAGCGCCCGAGCUGACACCUCAGGUCCGCUGCCCGCCGUCCUCCUGGGGCUCGCCGGCCUGUCCGCCCUGCCGGCCGCGGCGGUUGAAGACACCGUCUGGCCGGCCCUCAGCGGCCGCCCAUGGAGAAGGCCGGGCGAGGCGGCGACGGCGCCCCCCGGGGCCCCGUCCUGCACAUCGUGGUGGUGGGCUUUCACCACAAGAAGGGCUGCCAGGUUGAAUUCUCUUACCCGCCCCUGAUUCCAGGAGAUGGUCACGACAGUCACGCUUUGCCUGAAGAGUGGAAGUAUUUGCCCUUCCUUGCCUUACCAGAUGGUGCACACAACUACCAAGAAGAUACUGUGUUUUUUCACUUGCCACCCAGAAAUGGAAAUGGAACCACAGUGUAUGGUAUCUCUUGCUACCGACAGAUUGAAGCCAAGGCAUUAAAAGUAAGGCAAGCAGAUAUCACCAGAGAGACUGUCCAGAAGAGCGUCUGUGUUCUAAGCAAGCUGCCUCUCUAUGGCUUACUUCAAGCAAAGCUACAACUCAUUACCCAUGCAUAUUUUGAAGAGAAGGACUUUUCCCAAAUUUCUAUUCUAAAGGAACUUUAUGAACAUAUGAAUAGUUCCUUAGGAGGAGGUUCAUUGGAAGGAUCCCAAGUUUAUCUUGGUCUCUCUCCUCGAGAUCUUGUGCUUCAUUUUCGACACAAGGUUUUAAUUUUGUUUAAACUAAUUCUUCUUGAAAAAAAGGUUCUCUUUUAUAUUUCUCCAGUGAAUAAAUUGGUGGGUGCCCUCAUGACUUUGUUAUCCCUUUUUCCAGGCAUGAUUGAGCAUGGUCUCAGUGACUGUUCUCAGUACAGACCCCGAAAGAGUAUGUCUGAAGAUGCUGGGCUUCAAGAAAGCAAUCCCUCUGCAGAUGAUUUUGUUUCUGUGUCUGCUCCUGGCAUUUCAAGUACCAACUUGGGAACUGUCAAGAAAAUCACAGUAGGACACCAUGGUGGAGAUGCUGCCAUCACGACAGAAGAAUCCUUGUUCCAAGUAGAAAACAGCAAUAACAAAGAACAGGAACCCAGGGAUACCAAUCAAUAUUUGAAGCUCCCUUUACGCCCGUCCCCAGAGUCUUCAGAAAGUGACUGGGAAACCUUGGAUCCUAAUGUCUUAGAGGACCAUGCCUUGAAAGAAAAAGAACAGGAGGAGUCAGAACAGACAAACUCAUUUCCAAAGGACUCGGUGCCUGCAGACAGUCCUCCAAUUACUGUACAACCUCAGGCUAAUACAGGUCAAGUGGUCCUCGUACCAGGGCUGAUUUCUGGUUUGGAAGAAGAUCAGUAUGGCAUGCCCCUGGCUAUCUUCACAAAGGGAUAUCUGUGUUUGCCUUACAUGGCUCUGCAGCAGCACCAUCUUCUCUCUGAUGUCACCGUCCGGGGAUUUGUGGCUGGCGCUACUAACAUCCUCUUUCGACAACAGAAACACCUCAGUGAUGCCAUUGUGGAAGUAGAAGACGCUUUGGUCCAGAUCCAUGAUCCAGACCUCAGGAAGCUGCUGAACCCCACCACUGCAGACCUAAGGUUUGCAGAUUACCUUGUGCGGCAUGUGACCGAGAACCGUGAUGAUGUCUUCCUGGAUGGCACUGGCUGGGAGGGAGGUGAUGAAUGGAUCCGAGCCCAGUUUGCAAUCUACAUUCAUGCACUGCUGGCUGCCACGGUGCAGUUAGAUAAUGAGAAGAUAUUAUCGGACUAUGGCACAACCUUUGUUACAGCAUGGAAGAACACACACAACUACAGGGUAUGGAACAGCAACAGGCAUCCGGCACUCACAGAAAUAAAUCCAAACCAUCCAUUUCAAGGCCAGUACUCGGUGUCAGACAUGAAGCUAAGAUUCUCACAUUCUGUUCAAAACAGUGAACGUGGCAAAAAAAUUGGAAACGUCAUGGUCACAACCAGCCGGAAUGUUGUACAGACAGGAAAAGCUGUUGGCCAGUCAGUUGGAGGAGCAUUUUCCAGUGCAAAGACCGCCAUGUCUUCAUGGCUUUCGACUUUCACCAGUUCCACGCCCCAGAGUCUCACCGAGCCGCCUGAGGGGAAGCCAUGAGCCUGGGGUCAGGGGCUGCUGUUGUUUUCCUAGGGUCAAGUGUUCCUUGUCUGUCCAUUGCUCUCAGACUGUCCCUCUUCAUUGGCCACAGGUCCACAGCCAGGGGCCAGUAUGUCGGACUGUUUACAUGCCAGUUGUCCUCUGUCUGAAUGUCACAGGAUGCUUGGAAAGAUGAAAUCACAACCAGACCAGGACUGGCUUUUCAGGUUGGGGUUUAAAUUGACUACUUUUUUUUUUUUUCAGUCUGAGCCUGAUUAAAAUACAGUGAACCUUUCAGUGAAUUUUCAAGUUCUGCUACUACAGCAUUGUUUACUUUAGGAAAGUUUUCACUUCUGUAAAUUUUGUUUUAUUGUUUUAUUGUCCAGAUGGUCAAUAGAAUUUAUAUUCGUCGAAAAUUAAGUUAUACUGCUAUUUUAAUUCCUUUAAAACUGGUCCUAAAAAUGUGCUUAUAAAGUUAGGGGAUCAGGCAGUCCAGUUCUUUGUUAUUAUUUUGGUUUUCUAUGUGUUGGAGUUUUGUUUGUUUGUUUGCCUACAAAGUGCAUUCAGCAAUUUAUUUCCUCCCAGCAACUUGACACAGUCAAGGAAGGUAGUUCUGAGUUGAGUGUUUUGUUUCCUGUUGUUGUUUUUUAUUCCCUGGUUCUGAAACAUGUGCCCUGUGGCAUCAAGGAGUAUCUUUGUACUUUCUUUCUCUUCCUAAUUGUGGGAGUAGGUGUACAGAGAAGUCAGUACAGGGGGCCAGGCAUGGUUCUAAAGUUGUUUGAACUGUUUAAGUGUGCAUUAGGGCAAAACUUUACAGACCUGGGGUUCUGACACCAAUCAUGUUGUAAUCUCUUAACAGCCUUUUUUUUUUAAUCCAAAAUCCUUGGCCUUCUGUUUCUUCCUUUGAACAGUUUUCCAUCAGUUGUUUACAGACUUUCAGGUUUUUUCUUGGUCUCACUUUUCAUAGAUUUCCAAGGCCUUGAGCCUUUCAGAUUCCCUGACCAAAAAAUCCUGCCACUCUCAUUUCCUCCUCUCUUCUAAAAGUUUUUAUAAAUGAAAAACAAGAUGGUCCACAAAUAUUAAGUAGAACUCUUAAUUUAGCUCACACUUAGAAAAGCAAGAGCUAAGAGACAGUUUCCAUGACAUCAGUCAUGUCUUGUAAGGGGUGUUUCGUUUCAUUUUAGACCCAUGCCUCUAUUCUGGCCAUUGAAGAUUUUUGCACAGCUGGACCUCAUGUGUUUGCCAUGCUCAACUCUGAUUUGUUUUUCAUGGGAACUUUGAAUGAGUUUUCUCAGGGAGUACUAACAGAACAGAUUGCUUUCAGUAACAAAGAUAUUUGGAAAAUACAUUGUGAGCAUGAUCUCCAUAUAAUAUGAAGACUAUUAGGAAGAUAGGGGGCUUAAUUAAGAGAGACAUUGAUUAUUGAUUUAUUCUUCCAAAAUGUUUGUACAAAAAGUCCUCUAGGACAGGUGAAAUGAACAUAAAGGCAUAAUCUAAAAACCCCUCCAUUUCCCAUUUUAUGUUUUCACACAAGUCCACCACAUAUAAAAGUUGUGCUUCCGGUUAAACCGAGUAACUCAAGAAUUAAGGUGAUAAAUCGAGGGGCUUAUUGUGAAAACUCCAUUAGUUCCACUUCUCUUUCAGAAAGCAAACCUUCUCAGGAAACAUUAUUUGAAGAGAAGAAAGUAAUAUCCAAACACAUCCUUCCAUAGUACUUAAGUCACUAUUACACUGAGACUGUAUAGAAUUAUUUUAACACCCUGUUCCAUGAGACCACAUCAUUAGCUGGAGUGCAGUAGUGUGUUGAAUACCUUUCAACUGCCGGACGUUCAGGUGCUAAGAGCACCAGAGGGAGUCGGGCAGCAGGCUGCUGGUUCAUCCUUCAGUUCAUAUGAUUCAUAUCAAUGCCCCCCUCUCAGUACUCUAAAGUUGUCCAGACCACAGCGUAGAAUCCCACUAAAAUAAAGUUGCAGCUGUAUAAACAUUCCACUUGGCCUUAGUAGCACUUGCCCCUCCCUUUUUAAUAUUGAUUGUAGUUGAACUUUGUAUUGAUGUUUUAGUUGAGACUUGACUGCCUGGGCCUGGGUACUGGAGCACAAGCUCUGCCUUCAGGAGCCCUCGGUUCCAUUCUGGGCUCUGGGAGUGUCUGCUCAGCAAGAAGCGGCAGGGCUGUUAAACAAGGUACUUAAAACCAAAACCAGAGUAUUUCAUGUGCCCAGUGUGCCCUGCACCUUUUAAAAGAAGAGUCAGCUCUUCAGUGACUCACUGCAUGAUGUGAAUAUCUCUGAAGGGAGAGCUUUGCCCAGAGGCCUGGUUAAAAGAUGACCCCAGAUUCCCUCCAGCCUCUGGGAAGCAUUGGGGUUUUCAGGGAGUUCAAGGAGGUCCCCUUGAUCAGCCAGCACUGUUGAGGGCUAGAGCUACAGGCUCCAGCUGGAACCCCUGAGGCCAGUUGAGGGGUCCCAGGAACCAACUUCUGGCUGGCAUGGCCCUUCUUCUCCCUCUGGUAGGCCGACAGGCUAUGUUUCAGCCUUAUUUGCCCCUGGCUUUGUGUCUGAAAGCUAAGUAGGCCUCAGGAAGUGAGGCUCCAGCCAGGGCACACCCUUCCAGGGUGCAUGCCAGGCACUCAGACUAUAUCUGUAGGUUGGUAGUGGCCUGGCUGCUGUGUCGGUGACUUCAGUUUGUGUUUAGGGAAAGUUCCUGGCAUGUUUGAAUCCCUGCUGGGCACUUGCAAUACAGUAGCAACAUCAUCAAGAAAAAGAUAGAAAACCAGAUGAACACACAGAGCUGUACUUCUGAAUAAGGCUGAAAGUUAUUUUGUGUAUACAUUUGGCUCUUACAAUCUAUAUGACAGAUCUUCAUGCUCCUCUUCUAAGCCCUUAAAUAAUUCUCAUCCAACAUUGCUUUAACUCUGUAGCAAUGUUCUUGGGGAAUAAACUAGAGCAAAUUUCAUCAACUUCCUCAACCUUAUUUUGCUUUCUGAGUUCUGUAUUGAACAUUAAAAAAAUAUUUUUAAUGACAGGGAGGGCAUUGUGCCACACCCAGCAGUACUCUGGGGUUUCCCUGGCUCUGUGCUCAGAAGUAACUCCUGGCAUUGCUCAAGGAGCCAUAUUCGGUGCUCGGAAUCUAACUGGGGUUGCCCAUAUAGCAAGUAAGCACCUUACCUCCUGUACUAUCCCUCUCACCCAGAAGUUUUUUAAAGAUGAAUUUACCUUGAAAAGGCAAAGAGGAAACAAGCUGGGACAGUAGAGAAGUGAGAAGCUGCAAGGCUGCUAAACAAACACGGUACUUAAAAACAGAAUGAAAGUAUUUUGAAAGCAGUAUUUAAAAGGCUAAAGAUUAGAAGAACUCUUCUACAGACAAGUUUGAAUUUUUUCCUUCCACUUAUGUUUUGAAGUGAAGCUAUGACAUUAUCUCACUAACAGGCACGUUCUUUUAUUUUCUGGUUUCUGGGAGCUACAGCCCCUGAUCCUGUCAGUGCCCCGUUGGCAAGUUCAAGAGCAUACAGUCGCUCUGCGCACCUUUGUGGGGCCCCAAACGCAUGAACUUUUCUCUGCUUCAGCAGUUUGAGGAAUAACCUGUUGACAUAGUAGCUGCUACAUGCUGCCUGUUGUAUCAGGGUGUCGGUUGGAACACUUCCAUGUCAUCACUAUUUCCAUGCUUGGAUUCUAGGGCCAGAGGCAGCAGAGUUCAUGCCUUCCCACCGAUUUCCUUGGGACCCUUGAAGCUCCCAAGAGCUGAUGGUAAAAAAUGCAAACCUCAUCUCAGAAGGCAGUUGUCAUUCCAUGUUGCAAAAUGUGCCACUAGGGGUGUUUUUUUAUUCCAAGUCUUUGUACGUCAUACCACUGGAAUUACUUUUCAUAAUUUCCAACAUUCCAUAAAUAUUUGUCAAGGGUAAAGGAAAGGAAUGUGGUUCUUUAUUCUUUUCAUAUAAAUAACUUUGUACAUGUGACUUCCUGCUUUCAUGAUGAAGGAGAAGAAAUGAGCUCCCUUGUAUGAUAACUUCAAAAGAUUAUGCACGUAGAGGGGCUGAAUAUAUUUUGUAAAACUCUAAUGCAUUUGUAUUUCUGUGCUGUUCUAAAAUUUACCUUUUUACUUAUAUUAAUUAAAGAUAUAGAAACUAUAUAUUUAAAUCAUGUAAAUGGGAUGUAGGGAUUUUUAUCCAAUCAUACUUUUCAUCAGCUUCUCACACACACGUAGUAUGCUGCUCACUUUGUGUGUGUGUGUGUGUGUGUGUGUAUAUGUGUGUGUGUAUGUGUGUGUGUGUGUGUGUGUGUGCAAUAUAAACAUUUGAACAUUUCAGUCAGGUACUGAGCCAGAAAAAGGUAAUGAAAGUUUUUAGAAAGAUUCUGUGCUUAGGAAAUAGUUUUUCAUGUUAUAUUAAUAAUUUAUAGCUGGGAAGAUAGGAUCAAGAUGUACAUCUUUCAGGCCAGUUAGUCAUUAUUUCCAAAAUUUAGAAAGUGCUUGAUUAACAAGUUGGUGAGGCAUUUAGUGGUCACAGAAAUUAAAAUUUGGAAUUAAAGGCUUUCCACAUACCCCUUCUAAGAAAGUUUUCUAAGGAAGUUUUUCUUUGCUCUAAUAGUUCUAUGAUUUGUGCUAGUUCUUUGUUCUGUUGUCAUUUGUUCAAAAAACAGUAAUAUUAUAAAUCAUGUCUAAUCAUACUGAAUUAGAAAACAACUUCUGUAUCUUUAUUUUGAGAGAAAGUGAUAAUAAAAUCUUGUUUGCCCUGCA